AUGUCUCUCAACAUCCCGAACGCGCCAAACUCUGGCCUGUUCAAAGGAGGCUACAACAACUACGACUCCGAAGAUGGUGCCGUCCUACGAAACAUUGAUGCUUGCCGAGCCAUCUCCUCCACCGUGCAGACCUCACUUGGCCCCUACGGCCGGAACAAGAUCGUCAUCAACCAUCUGCAGAAGAUGAUCCUCACCUCCGAUGCUGCCACCAUCCUGAAGGAGCUCGACGUCGUCCACCCCGCCGCGAAGCUGUUGGUCAUGGCAAGUCAGCAGCAAGAGGCCGAGAUGGGCGAUGCCACCAACCUCGUCAUCGUACUUGCCGGCGAACUCCUAAAGAAGGCCGAGGAUCUCCUGCGUAUGGGCCUGAAGACAGCCGACAUCAUCACUGGUUACGAGCGCGCCCAAGCUUUCGCACUCGAGGCCCUGGAGGAACUCGUCGUGGACAAGGUUGACGAUAUCCGAGACCAGGAAGAACUCAGCAAAGCCAUCCGGACAGUCAUCGCAAGCAAGCAGAAUGGAAACGAGGACGCAUUGGCCGAUCUGGUGUCCGAGGCCGUGCUGGCCGUAAUGCCCAAGAACCCCGUUAACUUCAACGUCGACAACAUUCGCGUCGUUAAGAUCAUGGGCGGAAGCUUAGAACAGAGCCGGGUUGUGAAGGGCAUGGUUUUCCCCAAGGAGCCUGAUGGAUCGGUCAAGAAGGCAAAGAAGGCCAAGGUCGGUGUCUUUACAUGUGCGCUCGAUAUCAGCCAGACCGAGACCAAGGGCACUGUUCUGCUGCACAACGCCAAGGAGAUGAUGAACUUCACCAAGGGCGAGGAAGAGCAGCUGGAAACAGCCAUCAAGGAGCUUCACGAUGCUGGACUGAGGGUCGUCGUUGCCGGUUCGACGGUGGGAGAGCUUGCUAUGCAUUACCUCAACCGUUACGGCAUCCUGGUCAUCAAAAUCCUCAGCAAGUUCGAGCUACGAAGAGUCUGCCGGGUUGUAGGCGCUACUCCUCUUGCGAGAUUAGGCGCACCUAUGCCCGAUGAGAUGGGAUCUGUGGACGUUGUCGAGACGCUUGAGAUUGGUGGUGACCGUGUAACCGUCUUCAGACAAGAGGAUGAAGUAACGCGAACGGCUACGAUUGUCCUCAGAGGUGCUACACAAAAUCACCUCGACGAUGUCGAGCGAGCAGUCGACGAUGGAGUGAACGUGGUCAAGGCCAUCACCCGCGACCCGCGAUUGGUGCCCGGAGCUGGUGCGACAGAGCUCCAGCUGGUCGGAAGAAUACAAGCUUUCGGUGAUAAGACCUCGGGUCUAGCACAAUACUCGAUUCGCAAAUACGGAGAGGCCUUCGAAGUCGUCCCAAGAACACUGGCAGAGAGCGCUGGUCUAGAUGCGACAGAGGUGCUGAGCAGACUCUACACGGCCCACCACAAGAAGGACAACUGGGCGACUGGUGUUGAUAUCGAAAACGACUACAGCACCAGUGGACCCGACGCCAACGAUGAUCGCAUUCCCGGUAUACUUGACGCCGAGGAGGAGGGCAUCCUAGAUCUGAUGGUCGGCAAGGCUUGGGCGAUCAAGCUGGCUACGGAAGCGGCACGGACUAUUCUCUCUGUAGACCAGAUCAUUGUUGCGAGACAAGCAGGUGGUCCCAAACCGCCGGGACCCAACCCCAACUGGGACGAGGACUGA